AUGAGCCUAUUACUCAAUACGACAUUGGAUAACAUCGAGCCAACAUUUAAUUUGCCCCUGAUUAUGGCCAUUGUCUGGAUUAUCAACAAAGACUAUGCCAUCUAUACAACGUCGCCGGUAACAAUUGGCCAAUAUGCCAUUAACUGGCGCAAUCGCCGUUUCCAAAGCGAUUUAAUUGAUGAGGUCUUGCGUCGCGCUCAAACGCCCGAAGCCCAUAUCAGAUAUCAAGUGGAAGGGGAAAUUUAUCCCAAAGAUACAACAGAGGAGCACAUGUCCGCGGAGGAGUUAUUGGAGAGAUUCUAUAAGAGCUAUGCAAAUCGUGAAAAAUCCAUAUGGUUUUUGGAUAGCCUGGAGGCGUACAAAAAAUUCGAACGAGAUUUAAUAGACCCCAAACAACACUACCAUCGCAGCGGUUAUUUUGUGCUGGUUUAUACGGGGCUGGAAGCAGAUCGCCUGUCAAAUAUCAAGGAGAUGUUUCGUCGACUUUUCAACAUAUACGUGACGAAUGUUAAUGUCAUGUUGAUGGUGGGUAAAUACCCAUACCUGUAUACCUAUUUUCCCUUUGCCCCCAACAAAUGCCACUCAUCGAGCCCGGGCUACUUUGCCUCCUUUAAAGGCAUUGAGAAGAAUGCUAAUUUCACGCUGGGUAAAAAUCUAUUUCCAACAAAAGUGGAGAAUAUGCAUGGCUGCAGUUUAUCGGUCAUUACCUGGACAUAUUUACCCUACAUUGUUGUGGAGCGGGAUGAGAAGACGGGAGAGCUGAUAUCGUUACAUGGCAUUGAGGGCUCGGUGAUAUCUCUUCUGGCGGAGCGUAUGAAUUUUACGAUAAAAAUCAAGGAACCCAAGGCGAAGGAUAGAGGGGAUAUUUAUCCGAAUGGUACGGCAACGGGGGCGGCGAAAAUGAUUCUGGAGAAGGAAGCCAACAUUACAAUUAUCUCAUACCUGUACAACAAGGAACGGGCCGAUGUCAUGUCAGCUAGUGCCAGUUAUUUGAAUUUACCCUAUUUGCUUGCCAUACCCCAGGGUCGACCACUGACGGCAUUUCAACGCCUGAUAAAACCAUUUCGCUACAUAAUUUGGUCUUGCUUUACUUCCAGUUUCUUUUUUGCCAUUCUCUUUAUAUACUACAUACGAUUUUUGGGCAAAUCCAAGCUAAUGGACUUCAUCUAUGGCCAGGGCAAUCGUUUGCCCUUCACAAAUCUCCUCUCAACCCUACUGGGUGGUUCCGUCUACAGUCAGCUGCCUUAUAGAAAUUUUGCUCGCUUCCUGCUAACUGUGUGGAUCCUGUAUACGAUGGUUUUGAGAACAGCCUAUUCGGGGGAACUUUUUAACAUCCUACAGGAUGGAAAGGCCCGCAACAAUUUCCAAAAGCUCCAAGAAAUUGUGGAAAGGAACUACACCAUCUAUGCAUUUCCAGCUGUGGAAACAGUGCUGAAAUUUUUAGAUCCCCAACCGAGUACGGGCACCGUAGAUUCGGUCAAUUCGGUGCCAGUACUUUUCGAAAAAAUCUCCAAUCCCAAUACCAAGGAGAAAAUCGCCCUAUGUCUGCUGGAGUAUUCCAUUCGGUCGUAUAAUCAGCGCAAUCCUUCACGACGUGUGGAAAUUCUACCCGAAACUGUUGUAACCUCGCCCAUUGUUUUCUACAUGCCACACCAUUCGUAUAUCCGGGCGCAGACGGGUGUAUUGAUAAUGCAAAUGUUGCAGGCUGGGAUAAUGAAGAGAUUCGAAUCGAUUUACCUCUAUGUGGCUUGGAAGCCUCAGCGCAGUCAAGGUGAACCAACAAGGCUGUCGUUUCAUCUGCUGUUGGGUAUCUUUGUUGUUUAUGGUGUCCUGUUGAUAUUUUGUGUGCUGGUUUUUCUCUUGGAGCUGAGCAGUGCGAGGGUGGGGUGGUUACAGGCUGUGGUGAAUUUUUUAAAUUUGUAA